AUGUUCAUCCAGUGGUUAAAGAACCUACUGCUCCUUGCAUGGGUAUGCCAUUUGGUUGGCCGCACAAGUGAGAGCCGUAUACCGCUGAACCUCAAGAUGGACUCGAAUUUAAUGCUGGAGGUGAGCAAGAUCUUGUGCAGGGCCCGCAUUAAGGUGCUGUUUGUCUACUUUGAGAACGAGACAUCGCAUCAGCACACCGGACAGAUACUGCGGGAGGUAACCAAGUGUGAUAUAUCCUACAUAUCGCUGAGGAACCAAUUGCAUCCGCUGGAGGCCGUCAAGGAUGAUGGCAUUCUGAUGUACAUGGUAAUGAUCAUCACGAACAUCUCACAGCCUCUGGAACUGUCGCUCAUUCGAAAGAAGUCGGCAGCCAAGCAUUUGUCUCAUGUCUUUCUACUGGUGCGUGAUGCGGACACCGUGUCGGAUGCCUGGAUGAGGGCCAGCUUUCGACAGUUCUGGAAGAUCUGGCUCCUCAAUAUCGUAAUCGUCUACUGGCGCAACGAUCGCUUGCAUGCCUAUCGGUAUAAUCCCUUUACCGACAACUAUUUAAUCACCGUAUCCCAUGAGAGGCAUCGCCUGCCGACAGUCGGUGAGCUCUUUCCCAAGACCUUACCGGAUAUGCAACGCAAGCCGCUGAGGAUGUGCAUCUACAAGGACGACGUUAGGGCUAUCUUUCGGCCGAAAGGCUUGAUUUUGGGAACGGACGGUCUGAUGGCCAGCUAUGUGGCCGAACGUUUGAAUGCCACAAUGAUGAUCACGCGUCCGCAUUCCUACAACUACAAUCUCAGCUCGGACAUUUGCUUCCUGGAGGUGGCCAAGGAGUACGUUGAUGUGGCCAUGAAUAUUCGAUUCCUGGCACCCGACACGUUCCAGAGGCUGGCGGAGAACACAGUGGCCCACAACCGAGACGAUCUGUGCGUGAUUGUUCCGAAGGCCAAGACUGCGCCCAUCUUCUGGAACAUAUUCCGCUCGUUUAGCGGCUGGGUGUGGACCCUCAUCCUCGGCUCUGUGCUGCUGGCGAAUGUCUUUUGCUAUUUGGUCCACCGACAGCCGCAUGGCAGAGGGGCUGCAGCAGUGUCCAUGCAGCUGUUUGCUGGUGCUCUGAACAUGCCGUUGACGAAUGUUCCCCGGAGCCACUCUCUCCGGCAAUUCCUCAUCUUUUGGCUGUACUUUGGGAUGCUCAUCUGCAGCGCCUUCAAGGGAAAUCUCACCAGCAUGAUGGUCUUUCAACCCUAUCUCCCGGACAUUGACGAUCUGGACGCGUUGGCCCAGUCAUCCUACCCCAUUCUGAUCCGACCGCGACACAUCAAGCAUAUUGAACACUUCUUGACGUUGGGCCACCAGCACGAGGCCAGGAUACGGGCGCAGAUGAUAAAAGUGACGGAUGGAGUGCUCAACACCCGGAUAGAGCGCAACGAUCGUCGGUUUGCGUAUUUGGAGAAGUUUCACAUUGCCCGUUUUCAGGUGAACAAUCGCAAGCAUAUGGUUCUGGGGCGACCGGUGUUCCACCUGAUGGACAGCUGUUUGGUGCCCUUCCAUGCCGUCUAUAUUGUGCCGUAUGGAUCGCCGUAUCUGGGCUUCCUGAACACCCUCAUCCGCAGCUCGCAUGAGUUUGGGUUUGAGCGCUAUUGGGAUCGCAUUAUGAACACUGCGUUCAUUCAGUCGGGGGCCAAGGUGGUGCAUCGCCGGCACAACAGCAACGAUGAUCCGGUCGUGCUGAAACUAGAGCACUUUCACGCCGUAUUCUCGCUGUGGUUCAUCGGCAUGGGGCUGGCGUGUGCGGCAUUCAUCUGGGAGCUGUUAACCCACAACUACAACUGGGCCAUAACCAAGCGGCGGCGCUAA